AUGGACCAGUACUCAUCCUCUUUGGUUGAUACUUCUUUAGAUCUCACUAUCGGUAUAACUCGUAUCCGAGUUGAAGAAGAUUCCACGACAACUGCUUUGGUGGAUGAAUUAAACCGAAUGAAUGCUGAGAACAAGAAGCUCUCAGAGAUGCUAACUCUGAUGUCUGACAAGUACAACGUUUUGAGGAAACAGCUGAUGGAAUAUGUUAACAAGAAGAACAUAGCCGAGAGAGACCAUGUAAGUCCUCCCAAGAAACGCAAAUCUCCAGCGAGAGAUGACGCAGUUAGCUCGGCUGUGGUCGGUGGAGUGUCGGAAAGUAGCUCUACGGAUCAAGAUGAUCAGUAUAUAUGUAAGAAGCAAAGAGAAGAGACUGUUGUGAAGGAGAAAGUUUCAAGGGUUUAUUACAAGACCGAAGCAUCUGACACUACCCUUGUAGUGAAAGAUGGGUAUCAAUGGAGGAAAUAUGGACAGAAAGUGACAAGAGACAAUCCAUCUCCAAGAGCUUACUUCAAAUGUGCUUGUGCUCCAAGCUGUUCUGUCAAAAAGAAGGUUCAAAGAAGUGUGGAGGAUCAGUCUGUGUUGGUAGCAACUUAUGAGGGUGAACAUAACCAUCCAAUGCCGUCACAAAUUGAUUCAAACAGUGGCCUAAACCGUUCUCUUGGUGGUCAAGCUGCUGCUGCCAACAUAAGUAAGAGCUUAGCUGAGCCUGUGACUACCAUUGAUCUGACUGAGUCAAAGAAAGUAACGAGCCCAUCAAGAAUAGAUUUUCCAGAAGUUCAGAAACUUUUGGUAGAGCAAAUGGCUUCUUCCUUGACAAAAGAUCCUAAGUUCACAGCAGCAUUAGCAGCAGCUGUUACCGGUAGAUUGUACCAACAGAAUCAAAACGACAAGUAG